AUGCCCGGGAGCCUGGCGGGACUCGGGCUGGGGCUGGCGCUCGCCUUAGCCCUGCUGCUGUUGCUGCUGCUGCGCGGAGUCUGCUCCGGGUCUGGGGAGCCGCUGGACGCCGGAGGACAGUGCCGGCCGCCUGGAUCGCAGGGAGACCUGAACUCGUUUCUCUGGACCAUUCAUCGGGACCCUCCCGCCUACCUGUUCGGCACCAUCCACGUUCCGUACACACGGGUCUGGGACUUCAUCCCGGACAACUCGAAGGCGGCCUUCGAGGCCAGCGCCCGGGUCUACUUUGAGCUGGACCUCACGGACCCCUACACCAUUUCGGCCCUGGCCAGCUGCCAGCUGUUGCCCCACGGCGAGAACCUCCAGGACGUGCUGCCCCGGGAGCUGUACCGGCGUCUCAAGCGGCACCUGGACUACGUCAAGCUCAUGAUGCCCACCUGGAUGACCCCCGACCAGAGGGGCAAAGGCCUGUAUGCCGACUACCUGUUCAAUGCCAUCGCGGGGAACUGGGAGCGCAAGCGGCCCGUCUGGGUGAUGCUCAUGGUGAACUCGCUCACCGAGACCGACGUGCGCUCCCGAGGCGUGCCCGUGCUGGACCUCUACCUGGCGCAGGAGGCCGAGCGCAUGAAGAAGCGGACGGGGGCCGUGGAGAGGGUCGAGGAGCAGUGCCACCCGCUCAACGGGCUCAACUUCUCCCAGGUACUGUUUGCGCUGAAUCAGACCCUGCUCCAGCACGAGAGCCUCAGGGCAGGCAGCCUGCAGGCCCCCUACACCACCGAGGACCUCAUCAAGCACUACAACUGUGGGGACCUCAACGCCGUCAUCUUCAACCAUGACACUUCCCAGCUCCCCAACUUCAUCAACACCACGCUGCCCCCGCACGAGCAGGCCACGGCCCAGGAGAUCGACAGCUACUUCCGCCAAGAACUCAUCUACAAGCGCAACGAGAGGAUGGGGCGGCGCGUCAUGGCGCUGCUCCGAGAGAACGGCGACAAGAGCUUCUUCUUCGCCUUCGGAGCAGGUCACUUCCUGGGGAACAACACCGUGAUCGACGUCCUGCGCCAGGCUGGGUUUGAGGUGGAGCACACGCCACCAGGGAAAGCCGUGCACAGGUGA